GUUGAUCUCGACCAUUCAAUCGGUCGAUCGCUUCCUCGUUCCUUGAGGGUAUUCGCGGGGUUGGGGUUUCGGCGUCAAAGUCUUUGCCAGGAAGAGGCUGUGCGAUGGACGACGAGAAAUCGACGAUGCCGAUGGGGAAUCGAGAGCGGGAUCGGGAGCUUCUCAUCAUCCCCGUCGUCGAUGACGAAGCCGAUGACAAGGCUUCGUCCUCCGCCUCCCCCGCUCGCCUCCACCAUCCGCACCACUCUGGUAGAGAGGCAUUCUAUAAAGUAAUACGUAGUUGGGCUUCAAAAAAAUUCAUGACCGGAUGUGUGAUCCUCUUUCCAAUUGCAAUCACCUUCUACAUCACAUGGUGGUUUAUUCAUUUCGUUGAUGGAUUUUUUUCUCCGAUCUAUGCUCAACUUGGGAUAAACAUAUUUGGACUUGGCUUUGUGACUUCCGUAACAUUCAUCUUCUUGGUUGGAGUGUUCAUGUCUUCAUGGCUGGGAGCUUCUGUUCUUAGUCUUGGUGAAUGGUUUAUCAAGAGGAUGCCAUUUAUUCGUCAUAUCUACAAUGCCUCUAAGCAGAUUAGUUCUGCUGUAUCACCUGAUCAAAAUAAGCAAGCUUUCAAGGAAGUUGUAAUUAUUAGACACCCAAGAGUUGGUGAAUAUGCUUUUGGAUUCAUCACCUCCACUGUUAUCCUUCAGAGUUAUUCUGGCGAAGAGGAACUCUGCUGCGUCUAUGUACCAACCAACCAUCUUUACAUUGGCGACAUUUUUUUAGUGAACACAAUUGAUGUCAUUAGACCAAAUCUUUCUGUUAGCGAAGGAAUUGAAAUUGUUGUUUCGGGUGGCAUGUCAAUGCCUCAAAUUCUCUCAACCUUGGGUCCGCAUACAGCACAUAAAAGAGCAAGAUCCAGCAUAAUUUACACUUAGUUGUAGCAAUACGUCUGAGUUGAUUUCUUUUGUAUUCUUGUUUUUUU